AUGCAACAGCAGCAGAGAGGCAGUAGUCUCUCGCCGCGCACGGCCAACACAUCCAUCCCCUCGGAACCGCCGGAACCGCCCGUCAAGAAGAAGAGAAAGUCACCCCUCUUCUCCAAGGCCAGGUCGUGUAUCGCAUGCCGCAGUGCCAAACUGCGCUGUGAUCUGGACUGGCCCUGCGCCAACUGCGUACGACGCGGUUUGGCUCAGGCAUGUCCAGGCUUCGUUCCUCACGAGCGACGAGCCACCUCGGACCAACGUGCACCGCAUGUUUCGAUCGACUCGGCACACACCUCCUCCCCUUCUCACGGCCAAAGCCAAUGCCCCGUAGUAGAGCCUCGGCAGGAUAGCACAGCUCAGCUUCAAGCCGUUGCACAUCAUCAACCCAUCCCAUCCCCGAGGCAGCAGCGCCAACUCAAUCCGACGCAAGCGGCGCAAGCGGGGCCAAGCUCAUCCGAUGCCUGGCAACGGCCGCAGUACUAUGGUCAAUCCGCCCAUAGCAGCUACCUCGCAUCCAACUUGCCGCCGCCAUCACCUACUUUGGAGAACAGGAUACACUCGGCCAACUCCAAACGUCCUCGCAGAGCUCCCCAAGAUUCUUGGGUCCAGAUGGAAACCGACUACCGGUUUUUCUUGGAUGUGGUUCAAGAAGGCAUCGAUGCUUCCAUCGUGCAAGAGUACCAGGCUCAUAUUGCAUGGAUGUUCUGUCCAAUCGAAGCGUCUAAGCUCAUAUCCGUGUUCGAUGCAACCGACGACGAUGCUGCGGCGCUGUGUCUGGUCAUCAAGGUCGUCAUGUUUGCAUGGCAGACAGCGGUACAUCAGGAUUCACCCACGGGCGCCGAGCGAGUUCGCGAAGUGGCCUUUCAGCAAUGUUGGAGAACACUGGACAAGGCUCAAUGGAGUCAGUGCAACUCGUUGACCAUCCAACAAGCUCUCUUCCUGCUCUGCAUCUUUCUGCUCAACUUUGAGGGUGGCUUGAUGUCCGACAGGUUCUCGUCCGUAUUUGGUAUCUGCGUCGCCAAAGCUAUCGAAUCUGGCCUCUACACCGAUGCCAGGGUAGGCCAAGGCAACGAUCACUCGAUCGAGCGUCAGAGGCAGAUACUCUUCUGGGAGCUCUACUCGCUCGACGCUUUCCGGUCGUUGGCCUAUUGCAGGCCCUGUUUCUUCCAGGACGCCACGAUCACAGCAGCCAAGCCGAGCGUGUUGACCGAAGACGAUGCCUUCCACACAAUCAAAUACGAGAAUGCGCAGAUCAUCAAUCGUUUCAUGACACAUCACAUCCACUCUUCUCGAACAAACUUCCAAGAGACCAUGGAUCUUGACCUCCAAGUUCGUCAGCUAUUCGAACGGAUCCCUUCCCACCUGCGUGUUCGCCGAGCCAGCCGGCUCAGUGCUGGAGCACAAAAGCAGACCGUCCGACAGGUUUUGCAAGGCUGCACCAUUGCACUCAACAUUCAUCAAACCCUGCUGACACUCUAUCGUCCCUGGUUCGUCUCGACAACUCUACAAGAGGCACAGGGAAAAGGCGAUCGACAGUCGGCACAGUACCAGCGUGCCAAGCUUUGCAUUGGCGAAUCCGCCAGCGCCAUGAUCGAUCUGUGCAGCCGUGCCUAUGCAGUGGACCCGCAGACGACGAUGCAUUGGGCCUUCUUCCUUCAUCACACGUUCAAUGCAGGCGUCUGUCGCGCCAUGCAGGCCAUCUAUGGCCACCCAAGCGAUCCCCUCUACUACAGCGCGGUCGACGACGUGGACGAGGCCAUCGAGCUGCUCGACAAGACGCAGGAACACGGGUGUGGUACAGUCUGGCUGCCCAAGUCGCACGUCUUGCGCAAGCUACGCCAGAGGAUCGAUAAGGCGAGCAAUGGAGCGGCUCGCAAUGGCGACGGAGAACAGUCUCGUCGAGCCAGCAAUUUUGGUCUGCUUGGCGCUACGGUUCCGCUCGAACAAACAGGUCAGUCGUCCACGAGCGGUGCGGGUCAACAACAGCUGCAGCCUGGUGCAGAGGCAUUCUCCUCCUCCUCCUCUUCGGCGGCUGCUCCGGUCCACAGCCACGACGUCGGAUCAGCCAUGACCGACGAAACUGGCUCCACCUCGGGGUGGCUCGACCUGCUCAACACAGACGCAUUCACCCUCUCAAUGGCCGACUUGUGGAAUGCCGAAAGCCUCCUGUCUCUGGAGCAAAGCGUCAAUACCCCCUUAUCCCCCAACGCCGCAUGGAACACACCUCUGUAA